AUGAAAUUUCUUGUUUAUGGAGGUAAAGGAUGGAUUGGAGGUAUCAUUAUUAAUAUGUUAAAGAAAGAUGGACAUGAAGUAUUUGUAGGUGAAGCUCGACUUGAAGAAAGAGAAAGAGUUUUGAAAGAAAUUGAAAAGUUUCAACCAGAUAGAAUUAUUAAUUGUGCAGGAAAAACAGGAAGACCAAAUGUUGAUUGGUGUGAAGACCAUAAACAAGAAACAAUUAGAUCUAAUGUACUUGGUACAAUUAAUUUAGUUGAUUGUGCAUAUCUUCAUCAUAUUCAUGUAACUAAUUUUGCAACCGGAUGUAUUUAUGAAUAUGAUGAAAAACAUCCAAUGUAUUCAGGAAUUGGGUUUGUUGAAGAAGAUGAACCAAAUUUCAAAGGUAGUUUUUAUUCAUAUACAAAAGGACUUGUAGAAAAAAUCUUAGUUAAUUAUCCUAACUUAUUAAAUUUACGUUUAAGAAUGCCAAUUUCAGAUGAUUUAAAUCCACGUAGUUUUAUUACUAAAAUUCUUCAUUAUGCAAAAGUUGUAAAUAUUCCCAAUUCAAUGAGUGUUUUAACUGAUCUUCUUCCAACUGCUAUUGAUAUGUCUAUUAAACAAACAACUGGAUUAUUAAACUUUGUUAAUCCAGGAGCUAUUUCACAUAAUGAAAUUCUUGAUUUAUACAAACAAUAUAUUGAUCCAAAAUAUACAUAUGUUAACUUUUCACUUGAAGAACAAUCUAAAAUAUUAAAAGCAGGAAGAUCAAAUAAUGAAUUAAACACAGAUAAGUUUUUACAAAUGUAUCCAAACAUUCCUAAUAUCAAAGAAUCUAUAGUUGGAGUAUUUAAAAGAAUGAAAGUUAAUUUAGAAAGAGAAAAGUAA